UUCAACUCUAUGGAAUGAUGACUAAUGACAAACACAGACCUUCUUUUGUAAAUGUGCAGGGGCUAGAAGCUGAAGCAGAUAAAAUCAACAGGGAUGUUUUAAAAUCAGGAAAAAGAAGAGAUGUGAUUUUGUGUAGUGAAUGCUUUAAACCAAGAUGUGUGUAUAGCAACACUAAAAUGACAAGAGAGCAGGAUGGAAUACUUCUUCGUAUUAGAGAAGAGGAUAACUACACAUGUGGAGAUGCCUUUCCUGUAGAUAGCGGACUGUUUGUUCGUGAAAGUCUGUCAUGUAACUCUGAAGUAGAAAUCAAUUAUUAUGGUGCUACUAUGCGACAUUUUGUUCCACCAUGCUGCAUUUACUGUGGAAAAACUGAAGAUUUACUAGAUGAUGUGGAUGACUAUAUACAAAAUGUAUAUACUAUGUUUUCAGUUGUUCGACCAUUAUGUAAAACCUGUAGAACUGCAGGAAAAGAAGCUAAAACAUGGGGGAAAAAGUUUUUGCAAAAAGGUCAUAGACAAUUCAAUUAACUUGAUUUGAAGAGCAGUACAUUUUUACUGUGAAAUAUGUCAAAAUCCUACUAUCAAAAUAAAACUAUCUGAUAUUAAGAAUUUAUUCAUUCCCAGAGUGCAUCUUACAAUUCACAGCAGCGGUUGGUUUUGAUGAGAACUCAUAUCCUUCUGUUUGUCUUUUAGCAUCCAAGCAGAGCUCUUAAUAUAAUAAUAAGGAGAUGUGGUUAAUUGCCAAUGAGACAACUAUCCACCAAAAUUCAAAAGAAGUGGAUAUAAGCAAUUAUAGGCAACCAAACAGUCUUCAACCAUGAGAAAAUCCCAUGUUUUGUUUUGGUGGAAUUUAAUUAAACCUCAAACAU